CAAAAUGUCGUCGACCUUUUCUUUUGCCAUUUACCCUACUUAUUUUAUAAUUUAAUGGGACUUUUCGAAGUGAUUUCAACGCCCGAUGUAGGUGCUAAACACAAAAGUGGAAAGUGUUGAGAAUUCGUGUUUCAGAAAAGAUCAGGGAUUUAACAAUAUGCCAAGCCUUCGUAUCAUGUGACUGUUCAAGAAUAUUCUAUGAUGAAAUACCUAUGCAGGCGGCAUAUACCUACCAAGAUUACGGUGCCAUAAAAAUCUUGACUGGUACCUAUUUGUUGAUAUAAACUAUGUAGGUUAGAGGUUUCCAUCGUUCACAUUUUUGACUAUAUAUGGAAAAUAUACUGGGUAUAAAAGGGGCUUGACAAGACAUGAAUCAGCCUUCAGGGCUCUUAGAACGUCUCUCUCCACGUCCUAUGGUAUGUCCUUUGGUUAGAUUAGGUCACAAUUCAAGUAACGACGAAACUGCUGUCUCUUCAGAGGGAGUCAGUACCUAUGCCUCAGAAAACUACAACUAUCAUCCGCAAUAUAUACAUUCCUACGAACAUAACGAUGGCAGGUUUCACAACCAACAGCUGCCAUGUGAUGAAAGCUACAUGCAACAGCGAUCUUCUGAUUCGGAUUACUUGCAAAACUAUUACCGACCUCGAUCAUACCUAGACGAAGAAGCUGAAUACGAAACGAAAUACGAACUAGACUCCCGCCAUUCUCCAUUAAAUCACAACCUGCCAUAUCAAAACAAACACUGUCUCGACUUAUCGUCUUUCACCAUCAGCCAGAAUUACUGGGACAACGAACACUACAAGAUCAAAAACACCCAACCGGCCAAUCAGGAUUACUUUCGACCGCCGAGUCAUCACACACAAGAAACGAAUUAUCUUCUCGAUAACUUCACGAAACUAGGAAAGUCUAGUCCUAGCUUGGAUCAGGGUUAUCACACAUUGGUUUCUCCUAGCCCGGGUCCUAUUACCACCAGCCUGUGCUGGAAUGGAAACUUGUACAAAGGAAAGAAGUACCAACCGAAAAACAACUCCUUCGACCGGCUGCCUGACGAGGUGGUCGUCAAAGUAUUUUCCUUCCUGACCAGCGUGGACUUGAGUGUGACUGCGCAAGUUUGUAGAAGAUUUGACGUUUUGGCGUGGACUCCGUCUCUCUGGCGGGUGAUAACUUUGGAUGAUGACAGCAUUAGCGGGGACAAAGCCAUACGGGGGGUUCUGCGCCAGCUGUGUGGCCAGGGGAGGACUGGAGCUUGUCCCAGCGUUGAGAGGGUCCAUGUCACUAAUGGUGCUAAGUUGUCCGAUAAGAGUCUGUUGUUAUUAGCGAGAAGGUGUCCAGAGUUGACGCAUUUGCAGCUUCAAGGGUGCAACGAAUUGAGCAACAACGCAUUGUGUGAAGUGGCCUCUAGGUGCAAUAAUUUGCAACAUUUGGAUGUUACGGGUUGUGUUAAAAUUUCCUGCAUUAGUGUGAACAGUGGUCCCGAACCUCCUAAAAGAUUGCAGCUGCAAUAUCUGGACCUAACUGAUUGUGUUGGGGUGCAAGACAGUGGACUGAUGGAGAUUGUUCGAAAUUGCCCCCAGCUUGCCUAUUUGUAUUUGCGGAGAUGCGUACAAAUAACGGAUGCUGGUCUAAAGAACGUGCCAAGUUUUUGUUCAGGUUUGAGGGAAUUGAGUGUUAGUGACUGUUCGAAUUUGACGGACUUUGGCCUGUACGAGUUGGCCAAACUAGGUGCCACUUUGAGAUAUCUCUCUGUCGCGAAAUGUGAUCAAGUCAGUGACGCUGGUUUGAAAGUAGUAGCUAAAAAAUGUUAUAAACUCAGAUAUUUGAACGUGAGAGGCUGUGAAGCCGUUUCGGAUGAUGCCAUAACGGUUCUGGCGAGAUGCUGUACAAGGCUGCGCGCUCUGGACAUUGGCAAGUGUGAUGUAAGUGAUGCAGGUUUGAGGGCCUUGGCGGAGAGUUGCCCGAAUUUGAAGAAACUCAGCCUCAGGAACUGCGAUCUGGUUACUGAUAGAGGAGUGCAAUGUGUCGCUUAUUACUGCAGGGGUUUGCAGCAACUCAAUAUUCAAGAUUGCCAGAUUUCCCUGGAGGGUUACAGAGCUGUCAAAAAGUACUGUAAACGAUGUGUUAUCGAGCACACCAAUCCGGGAUUUUUUUAAAACAUGUUUUAUUGUUAAUCUGUACAUUUGUUGAAUAUUUAUUUGUACAUUUGUAAAUCUUUUAUAUUUCUAUUGACUAGUUUCUCUAAUAAAAUAACAUUAUCCAGAAUAUUCAGA